AUGAAAUUCUAGCAGAAUUUUAUUUCUGUUUAAGUUAUAUUACCUAAUGGUUAGAAUCUAUAUGAUUAUUAAUAGCAAACAGGUAAAAUUUACCUAAACAUUCUUGCAGUCUAUAAAACUGGAAUAGUUGUUUCUGAUAAUAUUCCUUAGCCAUUAAUCCCUUGCAGCGAUUCAUAUUUAUCAGGAUAUUUAUGCUUUGAUUCAAGUAAAAUUGGGGAUGGGGAGAAUAUUUUCUCCCUUACAUAAAACCCUAAUGAUUUAACAUUAAAUUAAUUUAAUAUCGUGUUUGGUAUUUAUAAUUCAAUGCUAGUGAAAAGCCCAGCCCUUAAAAAUGCGAAGAUGAGUAAAAUUAGUUUAAUGGAAUUUAAUACUUAAACAAAGAUGAUAGAGUAAAAAAGAGUUGUUAAAGAACCAUUUUACUUUGAUACUAAUUUAGGAUUUUAUACAAAAUUUCACCUUUAAAAAACAAAUCUCACUUAGCAGCAAGACUUUAUAAUAUAAAAUUCUGAAAAUAAUACAUAUUUUUCUGGUUAUACUUGCAGAGAUAUAUUUUCAUCAUAAUCUUUUAUUAAGAGUGAGAUGUAAAUGAAUAUUUUAGGUGCAAUAGAGUUUUUCAUAGGCUCUUAGAGCAUCGAUUUAAACAAUGAAUAAACUUAGUUUACCUCUCUAUUGGCUUAAUUUACAAGUGAAUUUAAUUAAUUAUUGUUCUUAGGAAUUAUAAACAAGUUCUUUGCAGAAACAGAAAUUUUCAGCCAAAUUACAGAAAUGCAGCUCAAAGUUUAAUUCAAAAAUCAGCAGAAAAAAGAUGAAAAUCAGCCUAUUAAAUAAGCAUGGCUAAUGUAUGUAUUUAUGGGUAAAAUGAGAAAAGAGGAAAAAGAAACAAUAGAAGUGAAAUUGUUUAAGUAGAUAGUCAGCCAAUCAAAUAAGGCUUUGAAUAUAUUCGAAAUGCAAAAAUAAUUGUUACAAUUCAAAAUAAUGAUGAGAUUAUUUUUAUCUGUUGAGUAAUAUGCUGCAAUUCAAUUAUGUGGAAGCAAAUUGCCAAUAAGUAACGAUACCCAAAAUGAUCAAGAUUAAGAAAUGAUUCAAGGUAUAAAAGAUGAAGAUAGUUUUUCUAAUCAUAUUGUAAGUUAAUAUUAAAAACUUGAAAAGAUCAUUGAAAUGAUAGAAGAAAAAUAAAAGAAUCAUUAAGAGAAAAGCUAAAACAAUAUUUUAUCUUUUAAUAAAGAGAAAUAGGAGUCAGUCAGGAAGUUUACUGCAACAGUUUUUCCCAUCAGUAUGGAAAAAUAAGCAAUAUAACAAAAAAAUAAUCUUUAAACAAAAUUAAUUAGUCAUUUUGAAAAAAUAGAUAUGAUCGAAAGAGACGAAGUAUUUUUUAAAACUUGUUUGGAUAAAUUUUUAUUGAAUAAAUCAUAACCUAAAUCUGAAAUUGAUUAAAGAAUUCUUCAAUGCAUGAUUGGACUUGAAAACAUCUAUAAAAAACUUUAUUUCUGA